AUGCGAUUUGAUGCCAAGCACAGCUUCUUCAAGCAAGUAGCAAGUCACAGAAACUGCUUUAAGAAUGUGACAUACUCACUGCUGGAGCCAGCCAACGUGCUGGCGGAUAUCAUCCCGCGGAUAUCAUCCGAACAGCCCUUCCGAGCUGAAAGGAGCGUCCAGCAAGACCUUCCUGGCCGGCUCUGUAACAGCCGCCUGUUGCAGCCAGCGGUGGCGCUGGAUCUGCGUCAUCCACCCUUCGAUCCUCGCCUGGGAGACAGCCACGGACGCGCACAGCGUGAGCGCCGUGCUGGCCGCCUUGCCGAUCUCCUCCGCCUCCUCUGGAGACACGGUGGUGGACCGCUCCACCAGCGUAACCACCGAGUUUGCCAGCAACGCGAUGUUGUUCGCCGCCGCAGACGCCUGAACCGCACACUGGUGCGCCCGGUCAGCCUGGCGGGCGACAUACUGGUCCUUGGGGGAGGCCAACACAGGGCGCCGUCCGGCGACCAAGUUGGCCUGCUUAACCCCAAAGAACGCCGUCAAGCUCUGCUCCAGAGCGGGGGUGGUUGCGAAACCCUCGUCAGUGAAUCCCUACACCUUAGUGAAGGGAACAAAGGUGGCCACCGGAGCCCUCAGGGUCCUCGGGUUCGCCGCAGCCCCCUCCUGGUACCUCCUAAUGGCUGGGAAGCGCGGCCAGAUCGGGUCACUCCUGCCCGUCUGAACCCGGGAAAAAACUCCGGCCAUGUCAUCCAGAGCCACCCUUUCCCGUACUGGGGGAACGAGGAGACCUCUGCAGGCUGCCGCCUUGCCGAUGAUCUCCGGCAGCUCCAGCAUGAUGCCCCCCAACGCCGGCAGCGCCGUGGCAACGGAGAAGGGGACCGCAUGCUCGGCCGCCACACCCGUACCUCGCUCCGACUCCGAGGAGGGAGGGGAGAGCCGCAUGGCGAGCCAUGGAGGGAGACGGGGUAG